AUGUCAACUUUAGCGCCUUACCAACUAAACAACACCAGAAAAGCUCAACAAGACAUAGUGUUCUUUAACAGAGUACCGAAGGUAGGAUCUCAAACCUUAAUGGAGCUUUUAAGAAGACUGAGCAUUAGAAACGAGUUUGGAUUUCAUCAAGACCGAGUUCAAAGGGUGGAAACCAUCAGAUUAGCUCCAGAAGAUCAAGCAGUGCUCUCUGGUCUAGUAUCCAGCUAUGAACCUCCUUCGGUUUAUAUAAAACACGUUUGUUUCACUAAUGUGUCAUCAUUUGGUCUGCCCGAACCGAUUUAUAUUAAUUUAGUACGUGAUCCUGUGGAACGAGUAAUUUCCUGGUACUAUUAUGUUCGAGCGCCUUGGUACUACGUUGAAAGGAAAAUUGCAUUUCCGGACAUUCCAUUACCAGAUCCCAAAUGGCUUAAAAAGGUAAUUUGA